UCGAGUUUGACAGAAGUUUGAAUCGGGCUCGGGGGCUUUCUGCAGCCGCAGGGGCAGCGCGGCGGCCGUGACCUCGGCGAGAGCGAGCAGCAGCGCCCCCGCGACCCACCUCGCCAGCCUGGAUCCCGGGCCACCGCCGGCCGCUAGCGCUCCGCCACCGCUCGCGUGCCCCACCGUGGGCCAGCAGCCCCCAGCUCGACCGCCGACCCCGCAGCCUCCGGGCGAGGGAGCCGAGCCCCAGCGCCGCGCCCCGGCCCCGCUGCGCCAGCAUGUCCUCGACGGAGAGCUCGAGUCGCCCGGCGGACAAGUCGCCGCGCCAGCAGGUGGACCGCCUGCUAGUGGGGCUGCGCUGGCGGCGGCUGGAGGAGCCGCUGGGCUUCAUCAAAGUUCUCCAGUGGCUUUUUGCUAUUUUCGCCUUCGGGUGCUGCGGCUCCUACAGCGGGGAGACAGGAGCAAUGGUUCGCUGCAACAACGAAGCCAAGGACGUGAGCUCCAUCAUUGUCUCAUUCGGCUAUCCCUUCAGGUUGAACCGGGUCCAGUAUGAGAUGCCCCUCUGUGACGACAGUGACCCCAACUCCAAGACCAUGCACCUCCUGGGAGACUUCUCUGCCCCCGCCGAGUUCUUCGUGACCCUGGGCAUCUUUUCCUUCUUCUACACCAUGGCUGCGCUGGUCUUCUACCUGCGAUUCCACAACCUCUACACGGAGAACAGGCGCUUCCCACUGGUGGACUUCUGUGUGACUGUCUCCUUCACUUUCUUCUGGCUGGUGGCAGCAGCUGCCUGGGGCAAGGGCCUGACUGACGUCAAGGGGGCAACACAGCCAUCCAGCCUGACUGCAGCCAUGUCCGUGUGCCAUGGAGAUGAAGUAGAGUGCAGUGCCGGGGCCACACCCUCCAUGGGACUGGCCAACAUCUCUGUGCUCUUCGGCUUUAUCAACUUCUUCCUGUGGGCUGGGAACUGUUGGUUUGUGUUCAAGGAGACCCCAUGGCAUGGGCAGAACCAGGACCAGGGCCAGGGCCCCAGCCAGGAGAGCGCGGCUGAGCAGGGAGCUGUGGAGAAGCAGUAAGCGGCCCCCACCUGGCUACUCCCGAACAGGACGGCACCUCUUCAACCACCUCCGGCUUCCAGGACCUCCCUCUUCUUCCUCCUCUAAUUCCCCUCCCCCAUUAUUCUGGGUUUUGAGCUUUGAGACAUCGAUGGAUGGGCAGGUAUCAGCUGUCAGAAACCUCGACAGCCCUCCCAGUGGCUUCCUAUCCCUCCUUUUGCUGGAGUCCCAGAUGGCAGGAACUCAGUGCUUGUCUACUGCCUGGACCCAGGCAUCUUUCUUGGGGCUGUACGGACCCUCACAGCCUCUGCUGCAGGCAAGGGUUGGGGGCAGGGGACCAGAGUCCUUGGACUGGUUCCUAGCAGCCACUUCUAUCAACCUGUCCAGCCUCAAUAAAAGUGGGGGGAGGGGAAAUUGGCUGGCAGCCUCCUCCUUGGUCCGUUGCAGGGAGGGCCCACAAGUGGUUUAGUGACCCCUCUUCAGUGACUGCCCUCCAGGCCCUCUGUCUGCACUGAUUUCCAAACAGCCCAAGCUCAGUAUGCUUCCCACUCCUCAGGCUUCUUCUUGCGCACAGAGCCCACCAUGUGUGAACUAGGGAGGCCCACGAGCCUGGAAAACAGUCUUCAGGGAGUCCUGAUGAGGCAUAGACUCAGUGGGGAGCAGAUAAAUUUCAACUGAGCUGAAACUUCAAGAAACUAAAGCCAGGAAACUUGCCGGAAUCAGUUUCUUCUAUUCCCUCAAUCUUCCCGCCCCUCCAGGCUGGGGCACUUUCCACCAACACCCUGAACUCGUACUGGCCCUAGAAACUCCUUACCUUCCUCCCUUACCUCCUUCUUGGGCUUGGUCUCACACUUGGGACACAACACGUGGGGUUUAGGAGCAUCUCCAUCUCAGCCCUCCCCCAUGGAACACCUCUGCCCAUCUCCCUUCCCCAGCCUCUUGGGUCUGAGGCAUUCAAGAGCCUUUUCCAAGUCUGUCCAGGCCUUCCUUCCUUUCUUGUGGGUUGAAACAGGGGCUUUGGAAGGGCCCAAAGGACCAUCACGAGGCUAAGUUACCCCAAAGCCCCAGGACAUGGAUGGAUGGGCCCAUUUCUUCCUUACUCUCUGACCUUCCCCACCCUCACCUCAUUGCUCCUUCUCUGGCCCCUCUUUCAUACUUCCGCUUCUUACCUUUACAAAAGGACACGCCCUUUCCCUUUGCCCUCAUUCCUAUCCUGCUUCCUCAUUUGUCCCAGACUCUAUCCUGCUCGCCCCUCCACCCCAACACACACACACACACACACACACACACACACACACACACACACACACACCAGUCCAGGGCAGGCCGACGCUAUUGGUGCUUCUUCACUUCGGGACCCAGUUCCAUAUGUGUCUUUGGUGUGUCUCCUCUUCCUGACACCUCCUUCAGUCCCUCUCUAGACCCCAGGGCCUAAGAGUCAAUGCUAACUGGGUAUCUGUCUCCUCCUCAGCUCACAACACUCCAGUCUUCCCUCGCCAUAAGGCUUCCCAGAGAAGGACGAAAAAGGUAGAAUCCAGCCAUUGUCCAAUCCAGUGCCAAUUAGCCCACUUAUUACCCCAGCGGUGAAUGUACCCUGUGCCAUUCUCUCCUCAGGACUGAGUCAACCCCUCGAACCUCCUCACUUCCCCAAACAUCAUUCAUAGUAAUAUGUGCAUUACCCGGGGACCCAGGAGUCAGGACCUUUGCCUUUGGGCCAAUCGUUUCUUCUUUGAGUCAGAGUUUCCCCACUCGUCGGGGGAGUGUGAGAUUUACAUCCUCAACUGCUCCAGAGUCCUUCAGUGAAAGAACUAGUGUUUUGUUUUGUUUUGUUUUGGAUUUUGGGGAAGGGAUUUGAGGAAGGAAAAAAGGAGAUGGGGAUGAGAAUGUUUGUUUCUAUGUCUGAACCUCUCUGUCCUGAGCUGUCCCCAUGGUUACUCAAGGACAAGGGGAGACAGUUUUGCCUGCAGCUCCAGAGAUACAGAGAACAAAGGGGUGACUUUCAUUUUUUUUUCAAGCUGGCCCCUGUGAGGGUCUGUGAGCAGCUUCUACUGUAACUUUGUUUGGAUUCUGUGUAUGUAUUUAUAAUUUAUUUGAAAUGUGAUGGAUAAAGUGUUCUCAUUUGGAGGCCAGAGUUAGCAACUGGCCAUUCACUAGGGAAAGGGGAGUGGGUGGGUACAAAGUCCUGCCAAGGACUCUUAGCCCAGAACUUUCCCUAGAGCAGAGAAGGCUCUUUCUCCUCAAGAGGAUGGCUUGUCCUCAGCCAGAAGAGCCUUGAUUUAGGCUAUGGCCUCUCUCUCCCUGGCCACCCUAAAAGGAAAGACUACUUCACUUCAUUACUUCCAGAAGGCUGGGCCAAGUGCCCAAGGGCAGGGCUGUCCGCAUAGGAUUCAUGUCUCCUCCAACCAGGGCUGGCAUCACGGCUUUGCCUAGUGGGGCCAGAGGUAGAAGAAGGUGUCUGGUUUCUCCAGCUGCUGCAGGAGGCCAACAAGCAGGGCACUUACCCUUUGCCCUAGUAAACCCUGACCCUGCCAGUGUGCCCACUUAUGACCCUUCCUGAACAUGAGUUCUCUCCAUUAUCAUGGUCAUAGGUCUCCAACUUCCGGGAUUGCAGAUCAGGGGUAGGGGGAGAAUGUUGCAUGUUGUUUUCUGGUGCUUGUUAUUACACAUUGGAAUAAACAGUGCUUCAAGCAUUUGCCAUGAAGGAGCCAAGACUGGAGCCCUUAUGGGGAUUUUUCUUUUCUCUUCCUCCCCCUACUUUAAGUUGUUGGACAAAUAUUUACAUUUCCAUCAAAAUAUCAUUCCACUCUUCCCCACUCUGCACCUCAAGCAAUAGAUUCUGCACACUGAGGAGCUGUUCCUGCCAGUCUGGCGACAUCUCUUUUGAUGGCAUCAAUUAGUCCAAAGUAACCGAGACUCAUUAGCAAAUUGAGAGCAAACUCAAAAGGCGAGAGAGGUAGUGGCUUCCACAAUGCUGUUUCCAUUUGUUCUCUUACCAUCUGUGACCCAGACAAGCUUCCUGUCAGGAGUUGAGGGCCAUAUGCUUUGCCUUCUUAACUAUAAAGGUACUUGCUGAACAAACUUGCACCUCUCUCCUUCUGACAAUCAUGCCCUACAUUCCCUAGAAAAAUACACUUGGGCACAAUAUUACAUUUGAUUUCACCAGACUCCUGGACCCCCCUAGGGAUCAUCUAUGGUUCUCAGGUUAAGAGUCUCUGCCCUCAUAGAUCAUCCUUGAGUUACUUAGACCUCGCUUGGGUGAAGGUGAGAAGAAAAUCUGAGAUCUUGAAGUCACAGACCUUGAAUUAUUUGCCUCCAAUUCGGUUCCCCCUUAGCUGAAGGAAUGAAUAUGGGGUGAGGUGUGAGAGGUUGAGGGAUAAGAGAAUUCGUGUAUCUUUUUUGAUGUGAUGGGGAGGGGCGCGCUUUUGUCCCGAUUGUGUGAGAGUGGGAAGAAAUGUUAUCAGCUGAGAAGAAAGAGGUAGAUGAUUAAGGUAUUUUCCAGGCCUUAGCAAGGAAAAUGACAGAUCUGAUGAGAAAUCUCCCUAUGCUGAGGUCUGGUAGCAGCAUUUCCAGCAUAGAAAAUAUUCAUUAGAAAAAGAAGCCAAAGUGAUGGAUGGAGUCAAGAUCCAGCCAGGGUUUGGGAAGAGGCGGUACAGGGUAUCGAUCGCAGUGCUCAGGAGGAGAGAGACGGAUCAGCAGAGAUGCUGCAAACCCAGUUCCGGGGCUGGCUCUGGCUCGGAGAUAGCCUUCUGUCAUCCUGACAGGUGAUCUUGGUCAGCUCAGCUAGAUCCUCCCAAAACCGGACAACGCCACUCCAACCCUCUGUUCCGCAUCAGGGGAGCAUGGAGUUCCCACAGAGGAGGCACAACACGGCAGCCUUGGACCCUCCCCCACUCCAACCCCUGUGUCCUUCAGCUCAUCCGACAGACUCCCUCCCCUUGCCCUUCUGAUUCACAGCGCCCACCUCCCUGCACCUACCCUAUUCCAUCUAGAGGGGACUGGAGUCGAUUCGUGGCCGCCAGCCCGGGAAGGGGCGCCAGCCAGCGGGCGGAGGCAUGGCUUAGAGGGGCGUCUUGAGCAGAGAGAGGUGUGGGGCUGGGGUGUGUGUGCAGUGAGCCUGGGAGGGUGGGUUGAUAGCAGAAAGAAUGUGUGUACAAGGGUUGGCAGAGAAGAUCUUGGGGCUUUGGUCUCUUUUACCCCCUC